AGUUGCGACUAGACUAGAGAGCGAGAAAGGCGAAACACGGCAAAAACCAGUAAUCCGCUUGGUUGAAUCUCACGCAUACACUGGCGCUUGCUGACUGGAAUACACGCUUACACUGGGAAUAUCCGCGUAUUGUGUUGCUUGUUCUAGAUUCAAACCGCAGAUAAAAUAUAUAAACUUAUUUUUAAAGUGUAUUUUUUCAUGUUAGACUAUAUGCGGUCAAUGGGUUUUUCCGUCGUCAUCUGUUGAAUAGACUACAGUGCUUUUUCUUUGCUUAUAUACUUUGAGUCGUGGUAUGCAACUGAAAUAAGGAGAUAUACGGCUACUCCAUACUUACAAGACUUUGAAGCAAAGCAGUAGCUCUGCAGUGCAGUCCGUUUGGCCAAGGAGCAAAGUAGCUGCAUUGGCUUCGUUGAGUGGGCUAGUUCAUCUGUGUUGGUUAGGCUAUUUGUCCAACCAAGUGAGGACUGCGCGCGACAUGCGGGCUUUGGAAUCAAGCAUCAGAGGGCUCUAACCUAUGAAAAGGAGCCGACACCACGAAAACAUGAUGGGAUCCCUGAUGCGAGAUAGAUGGCUCAUGAUCCCAUUGUUGAUGCAGGGCUGGCUGCUAGCGUCUCCAAUCAGUGUUCGUGAGCGCCCCUGUCCUCAAAGCUGUAGAUGUGAUGGGAAAAUAGUAUACUGUGAAUCCAAUGCCUUUCGGGACAUGCCAAACAAUGUGUCUGUGGGAUGCCAGGGCCUCUCUUUGCGCUACAACAGCUUAGUGAAUCUCAGCGCUAGUCAGUUCUCAGGCCUCAGUCAGCUUGUUUGGCUUUAUCUUGACCACAACUACAUUAACUCAGUGGACAGCCAAGCCUUUCAUGGGGUACGGAGGCUGAAAGAGUUGAUCCUCAGCUCUAACAAGAUCACACAGCUACAAAACAACACUUUCCAUACUGUCCCUAACUUACGCAAUCUUGACCUCUCUUACAACAAGCUGCAAGCCCUCCAGCCCAGUCAAUUUCUGGGCUUGCGGAAGUUGCUUAGUCUCCACUUGCGGUCCAAUUCUCUGAAAACUGUCCCAAUGCGGGUUUUUCAGGAUUUGCGGAAUUUGGAGUUUCUCGAUCUUGGCUAUAAUCGAUUGAGAAGCCUCACUCGAAAUGCCUUUGCUGGGCUUCUUAAGCUGAUCGAACUUCAUUUGGAACACAACCAGUUCUCCAAGAUCAACUUCUCUCACUUUCCCCGCCUCACCAACCUGCGGGCACUCUAUUUGCAAUGGAACCGAAUUAAGUCAAUAAGUCAGGGUCUAACCUGGACAUGGACGUCCUUGCAAAAGCUGGACCUUUCUGGAAACGAACUGCAAAUAGUGGAUUCCAGUACGUAUCAAUGUCUCCCCAACCUACAGACCCUGAACUUGGACUCCAACAAGCUUAGCAACAUGUCCCAGGAGACAGUGGAUGCCUGGAUCUCCCUGACCACCAUCAGCCUAGCUGGUAAUGUGUGGUACUGUAGCCCCAGCAUCUGCCCCUUAGUGGCCUGGCUGAAAAACUUCAAGGGGAACAAGGAGACCAUUAUGAUUUGUGCUGGGCCUAAGGAGGCCCAGGGAGAAAAAGUGAUUGAUGCAGUAGAAACAUUUAGUAUCUGUAAGGUCACUCCCACCACCCCUUUUGUCUCAACCACAGCCUCCCUCAACACCCCAUCUCAGUCUGAGCUCCUGCCCCUUCCCACUUUGUCCAGGGUUGAUGAGGAGUUGACCCGCAGUGGUACGGCCAUCCCCUCCCCUUCUGGAGCUUCCCCUACCACCCCAGAGCAGGAUUUUGAGUUUGUAUCCUUCCAUAAGAUUAUUGCUGGCUGUGUGGCACUUUUCCUGUCGGUGACUAUAAUUCUCCUGGUUAUUUAUGUGUCCUGGAAGCGCUAUCCCAGCAGCAUUAAGCAACUCCAGCAGCGCUCCAUGGUCAAAAUGCAGCAGAAAAAGGUGCAGGAAACAGAACGCACCCUCAGCUUGCCUCUGCAAGAGUAUUAUGUGGACUACAAACCUGCAAACUCUGAAACUAUGGAGGUGCUCGUUAAUGGGACUGGACCCUACACAUACACAAUCUCAGGAUCCAGAGAAUGUGAGGUAUGAUGCGUCACCCUCCUAAAAUCCAUUUCCACUGCGAGGCACGAGAGGUACCACAGCAGUUGAGUGCCCUGACGUUGUACAGGUAUGAACAGCCCAUAGUGGACUAGUGCCAGGCCCGUGGGGCGCUGCACCUCAACAUGGGCUUUGAGCCCCCCUCCCAGCCACAGGGCUGUCUGAGGCCACCGGGUUACAGGACAGGUCAUACUGCUGGUCUCUCCUCUGCGCCCACCGCCUCACUAACGCGCACAAAUCCCUAGUCCACCCAACGGUGACCUGUGCAGACGGGGAGACCAGACAAGCACUCCCCUCUCCAUCUGGGCUACUGAGCAUGGUGUUGCUACAGUACUGUAUACUGCUGCAGAUCGUGAGGGAGAACAGCUGCAAAUCUGUACUGAGGGAUAACAUUCUGACUGAAGAACCUGUUAUUCAUAGAGAUAAUUAAUUUAUACCUUCACUAAUAAAAAUGUAAAUAUUAAUUAAUGGAAAUUAGAGAGCACUGUUACAAGAUAGCAGAGCAUAUUUUACCCUUUGAUAUCCACAAUUACUGAAAAUAGUCCAAUACACUAUCACAUUCCUUCUGCUACUGAAAUGGUGUCCAGCAUCAUGAGGAGAAAUGGAAAUAAUUAUAUGAUUCAUUACUCUCAUUGAACUUAUUGACUCAGUUGCUCACAGUUUUGGAACCUUCCCUGUGUUAAGUAAGUAAUUAAAUAGAAAAAUGCAAUAAAUAUAACUGGGGAAACAGUAGGGUGAGCAAUGGAAUAGCAGAACAAAUUAAAAACUAACAGAGCUGAAAGGUUUUGUGCUGCUUUUUCAAAUAACACUGCCAGUCAGAGAUCUUAUGCGUUUUCAAGUCCCCGUAGAGAUUUCAUCUCAAUAAGUGAGCCACUCAAAUUAAAUUAUUCACAAGGAGAAGAGAAAACUUGGUAAGUAAUGGGCACACCGUUUUCAUGUCAAGUGUACAGCUGACAUUUCUUUGCCAGAAGUAUGUAUUUUAAUGGAGAUUUUUAUUAUGUUAGUGAUUUUUAUGUUCAUUAUAAUACAACGCAAUUUUUUUUAGUACAAGAUGAGAAGUAGAACAUUGAUGAGUAAAAGUAACAUUGUUUUCAUGUCAAGUGUAGGCUACAGCUGACAUAUUCUUUUCAGAAAUGCAUUGUUUGUACAGUAUUGUGUUGAUAUUGUUUAUAUUCAUCAUGAUCAUCCAUCACAUUUUCAUGAUUAAUGACCAUUUAUUUUAUUUUAAUGUUUUUAAAACAUGCCAAUCCUCAUUCUGAUUGUAAGAUCCUCUCUGUCUUUUAUUUAUUUAUUUUACCUUUAUUUAACCAGGUAGGCAAGUUGAGAACAAGUUCUCAUUUACAAUUGCGACCUGGCCAAGAUAAAGCAAAACAGUUCGACAAAACGACACAGAGUUACACAUGGAGUAAAAACAAACAUACAGUCAAUAAUGCAGUAUAAACAUAUCAUGUGUACUUACUGAAAUGGAAACCUUUUAAUGUGACCUCAGAUCAUGGCAUUCACCAAGAGAUCAGCGGCGAACUCACUCACACUCUUUGAAAACAAAGUGCUAUCUAGAACCUAAAAGGGUUCUUUGGCUGGCCCCAUAGGAGAACCAUUUGAAGAACCCUUUCCACAGAGGGUUCUACAUGGAACCACAAAGGGUUCUCCUAUGGGUACAAGUGCAGAGUGGAGAUGGAGAACUUUGUACAGGAUGGUUUUGACUGAGACUCAGUACUGUUUAACAGCUUGAGUCAGACUUUCCAUAGCUGUGGCACAGUAGAUCAACCAUCUUUGAUGUCUACUUCUCCCAUGUCUACUGUGACUGUUACAGUAACCAUCUUUGAUGUAUCCCCUCUUCCCCCAUGUCUACUGUGACUGUUACAGUAACCAUCUUUGAUGUAUCCCCUCUUCCCCCAUGUCUACUGUGACUGUUACAGUAACCAUCUUUGAUGUAUUGCCUCUUCCCCCAUGUCUACUGUGACUGUUACAGUAACCAUCUUUGAUGUAUCCCGUCUUCUCCCAUGUCUACUGUGACUGUUACAGUAACCAUCUUUGAUGUAUUGCCUCUUCCCCCAUGUCUACUGUGACUGUUACAGUAACCAUCUUUGAUGUAUCCCCUCUUCCCCCAUGUCUACUGUGACUGUUACAGUAACCAUCUUUAUGUAUCCCCUCUUCCCCCAUGUCUACUGUGACUGUUACAGUAACCAUCUUUGAUGUAUCCCCUCUUCCCCCAUGUCUACUGUGACUGUUACAGUAACCAUCUUUGAUGUAUCCCCUCUUCUCCCAUGUCUACUGUGACUGUUACAGUAUUCUUCAAGCAGCCUCUUUUGGAUGUGGUUCAUACUCAUACACCACUUCAAGGACACAUAUGUAAAUAACAAUUCCCAAUGAACUUGUUCAGUAGUAUGAAUAGGUGUCAAACAAAGUGUCUCUGCUUUUUCAUGGACACAGUCAUUUCCCUACGAAGAGGAGCAGCCUUAUCUGAAGGUCAGAUGAACUUGAACAUGACCUGAUCUGGGUGUAGAGACUGGCUAUGAGAGUGUGUUUGACAUUAUGUGAAGUCGGGCUACUUGCAAUAUUGGCUUGCUGUUUGUACAAGGUGUUAUCCAGAUUUCCAUGAAUUAAACCAUGUAAAAUAUCAGCUUUAACUGUCAUCAUAGGAUAAAAUGAUAUUUCAAUUGAUUUUCCGAUCAAUUGUUUUUUAUGCUCAUUGAAGAAUAGAUGACUGUGAACAUUAAAAUUGCUUUUUCAUUUGUUUACUGGGAUGUUGUUUCUAUUUUCAUACCAUGAAAUUAUACUGCUUAUCAUUUGUCUGGGAGUGUGGUUUUCUGGGAUAAUGUAGACCACCUGUAAUACGGUGCUGAAUGAGAACUUUGUUGUUUUUCAUUUUCUGCAUCAAAGCACCACAUAUCUGACGAAUUGAUGAUUGUAACAAAGUAAAGUCAUUAUUAGCUGAUGUAAC